AUACAUACACAGGUUUUUCUAAAAACAAGUUCUGUAAAAUAUGAAUGUAAAUCAUACUUUGUUGGACCCACAUUCGAAUACAUACCGACCAGGGUUUGGAGAGAGUUUUCGGAGUCUGUUUUAUGUUUUGCUGCCAAGUGAGUCCUCUUUUAGUGAUGUCAGUAAAGUUCCCAACUAUAUUGAUGCAGCGUUACAUCCAUUCAUUGCACUUAUUCUGCUUGAAAUCGUUGUUGGGUUAUGGAAAGGAAAACGUGUUAUGCGAAUUAAUGAUGGGAUUUCAAGCUUAAGUGCAGGAACUCUGUCACAGCUUCUUAAACUUGUCAGUGCAAAGUCUAUAGAGGUUUCAAUGUACGUGUAUGUGUAUGAUAAAUACUCCAUUACUAACUUACCAUGGGAUAGUGCAUGGCUCUGGAUCGUUACUUUCCUCGGAGUUGACUUUUGUUACUACUGGUUUCAUCGUGGAUCACAUGAAAUCAAUAUUUUUUGGGCAUCUCACCAAACACAUCAUAGUUCUGAAGAUUAUAAUUUGACAACAGCUUUGCGACAAUCUGCAAUAGCUGGUCCUAUCGUUAUGUUGUUUUAUCUUCCCCUGGCUCUGUUUGUUCCACCACCUGUUUACCUUGUCCACAAACAGUUUAACUUGCUGUUUCAAUUCUGGAUACACACUGAAAUAAUUGACAAUCUAGGCCCGCUUGAAUACAUCUUGAACACGCCCAGCCACCACAGGGUUCACCAUGGUAGGAACGCUUAUUGCAUUGAUAAGAACUAUGCGGGGACACUCAUUAUAUGGGACAGAAUGUUUGGAACAUUUGUGGAAGAGAAAUCGAAUGAAGAGAUAGCAUACGGCCAUGUUCAUCCCAUCAAUACAUUUGAUCCUAUCUUUGUACAAACUGGAAAUUUACGACACCUUGUAACUCGAUGUUGGCAAACUGAAGGUUUAUGGAAUAAGUUGUGUGUUGUUAUCAAGGGACCGGGAUGGGACGUAGGGAAGCCAUGGUGUGGAAACCCUCAUGAUAUACCACCUAUUGAAAAGCCGAUUAAAAGAUACAACCAUGAUCUUCCAUACUGGCUGUCCACAUAUGCGGUUGUUCAUUACCUAACCUUGGUACCAAUGUAUGAAAGCAUGAUGGAAGCAAGGUUAAUGUUGCCGGGAUACAUCAUCAUCAUGGAUGUCGCAUAUUUCCUUUUUUCUUUAUCGUGUCUCGGAUUUCUGUUUGACAAUAAAGCAUAUGCACGUCAUGUUGAAUUCCUUCGUUGCAUCGGGUGUGCUUUGUUACUUCAUAUGUUUCGUGAUAAUUUACAGCUAUCGCAUCAUCUACCUUCAACGUUAUUCACAGCAUUAAUCACUAUAUAUGUUGCUUCAGUUGUUAUAUGGGUUGUUGUGUUGAUGUAUGGGUCGAAGAAAAAAUUGAAUUGAACCAAGAUUUUACCUCAUAGUUAUGCGGGGUAAGAUGGGAUUCUGUUGAACAAUUAACAAUGCUCAUUUGAAGUUGUCAAGAUAAGGUUUUAUAAUUCUUUAAUAUUAAUUGUUCACUACCAAAUGGCACAAGAAAGGAAGAAUGAAAAGGUGUCCCAUCUUACCCCACCAUACAAUAUAUACUGCUGUAUUAAUAAGAUGUCAUAGUUGUGAUUUUUGUGCGAGUAAUUUAAUCAAUACAGUGUUAUGUUUUGUUAUUAAUUCUAUAUAUUUUACUAAUCAGUUUUCUGUAUAUACAUAUGCAUGAUAUAUUUGAAGGUUUUUAAUUUUUUGAAUGCUGGUUAUUUAGUGUAUAUGCAAUUGUGGCAAUUGUAAUAUUAUCAUGUUAAAUAAAUUUCUUUGAUUAAA